UGCAAACCUCUCCUUUUUAGCCAUCGACAACUCCAUUGAGAUUUCUUCUCUGUGAUCUCUUUAGACUCACAGACAGCCUUCUCUACUAUCCUCAAAGUAAUUUGUCUAUUCAUUAAGUCGGCGAGACCUCCCCCCCGCCCCCGAACUUAAGCUGUACCUCCCAUUUGGCCUUUUCUCUCAGAAUCCAUCGUCGCUACUCUACAUACUAUGCUCCCUAGACGGUUUGUCAAGAUCCGGUUCCUUGCGAUAGUGUUGCUCGCAGUGCUCGCGGUGCUAUACUACCUCCACCACGACAACGAGACAUUACACUCGUACAUCAACUCGGGCGGAAAGCCUGCGUUUACGCCAAAGGCCACCACUGCUCCCUUCGGCGAUUCGGAUCUCAAGUAUAAGUUUAGCCAGCUGACGAAUUACGAAAACACAAUGGAAAACAAGCACAAGCUCAUCAUUGCAAACCCUGACAUAGAUGCCACCGGCUCGCGCCUCAGGGCUGGCCAGGAGUUCUUCAGUGACUACUUCACGCUCUUGGCAGACGCUGCGCCGAACUGUGAGCCGUUGAGAACGUACAAGUCCGAUGACCGCAUCUACCAGCCAGGCUAUGAUGCACAAGCCAAGGAUGGGCGGCAGCUCACGGAGGAGUAUCUAAACGAAUUCCUCCAGGUGGAUGACGAAUCGCUAGAGGUGUUGAGACUGGCGCACGAAAAGGUUGUGCGUUCACUCCCAAACAAAGCGCCUGCGGGCUUGUACAAAGGCAACGGGUACGUGUACGUAGGCGGUGGUAAGUUCAACUGGCUCGCGUUGUUGUCCAUUAAGAACCUCAGAUCCACUGGUGCGCAGUUGCCGAUCGAGGUCGUCAUCCCCACCUUGGAAGAGUACGAAGUUGAGUUCUGUGGCAAGGUGCUUCCGGCUAUGAACGCACGCUGUGUGCUUCUUCCGCGCGCGUUGGGCACCAAAAUCUCCGAAGAAUUUGAGUUCAAGGGCUACCAGUACAAGUCACUCGCACUUCUUGUGUCGUCGUUCGAGAAUGUGCUUUUAUUGGACGCUGACAACUUGCCAAUGCACAACCCCGACGCAUUUUUCGAGACCAAGCCGUUCACCAACCACGGGCUCGUCUCUUGGCCGGACUUCUGGAAGCGCACAACCCUGCCAAAGUUCUACGACAUUGCUGGCGUCAAGGUCGACAAGACUAAGCGCGUGCGUUUCGGAUUCAAUGUCUUUGGCAAGUACCCUGACUACAUGGAGAAGGUUAUUAGUGGUGAGGUCGAGGAGGACGUGCCGCUCCAUGACUAUGAGGGUGCUAUUCCGAACCCGUCCUCUGAGUCGGGGCAGGUCAUGAUCUCCAAAAACUCCCACAUGAAGGAGUUGUUCUUGGCUUUGUACUACAACUUGUACGGGCCGUCGCACUACUAUCCGCUCUUUUCCCAGGGGGUCAGUGGCGAAGGUGACAAGGAAACCUUUGUGGCUGCUUCCGUAGUGCUCAAGAAUAAGUACUACCAAGUUAGCACCUUCCUCCGUGCUUUGGGCUACUUUGACUCGGACCACAACUAUGUGGGGACCGGUAUGGGCCAGUACGACCCGAUCGAGGACUAUCACAUAUACAACAUGCGAGUGAACAAUAAGUUGCCGGAAUACAAGCCAGUAUUUUCGCCGAUUCAUGGACGCCCCAUCACGAAACCGCGUUUCAUGUUCAUCCACGCCAACUUCCCGAAGUUCAACCCAUGGUCCUUGUUCACUGAAAAGAAGGUGAUCAACGAAAAGGGUGAGAGGGUUAGGUUGUAUGGGGAUGGCAUUUUCGGCGAGGACCAAGCCGGUUUUGAUGUGGAGUUGACCCAAUACAAGAACAUGCGCUUUUUACUCUGCGAGAUGAACGUCAAACUUGAGGUGUUCAAGGAUGUCGAGAAGAUGGAGUUGUGCGAUGAGAUCAGCGCCCAGAUCAAGUAUUACGAGGAGAAUACAUUCUAGAUACAGCUAGGAUCUAUUUUGUGCCUUCGAGGGUU